AUGGCACAGAUCCGCAAGCACAUUUUAAUUAUUGGUUCCGUAAAUGCUGACAUCGUCGUAGAAAUCAGUCGUCCACCCGUGCGUGGCGAGACACUAUCCGCAUCUAAGGCAGCCACAGGCGUAUUUGUUCCAGGCGGAAAGGGAAGUAAUCAAGCAGCAGCUGCCGGCAAAAUCAUCGGCGCCAAUCACCCAACGCUGUGCGUCAAAUUUGCGGGCCAAUUUGGCAACGAUACGCAUGGAGAGAAGCUUAAGAAUGCAUUGGAAAGUGCUGGCGUUGAUACUGCUCUGGCAAGUCACCCGGCCUGUCCAUCGGGCCAGGCUUUCGUUUUUGUCUACCCAGACGGUGACAACUCGAUUGUCAUAGUAGGAGGCGCCAAUCGCGCGUGGCCUGACAAGCUUUCCACCGACUUACUCAAUGCUAUUAAGUUGGCAGCUAUCGUCUUGCUACAGUGCGAGAUUCCAGUGCACAUAAACGCACUCGUUGCUAAGACGGCUGCUGAUUUCAACGUCCCUGUCAUGUGGGACACGGGGGGUGAUGACAUUUUGAUUCCGGAUGAUAUCCUACCGCUUUUGACGUACGUAUGUCCUAAUGAGACGGAACUGGCACGUUUGGCCAAGCGUAAUGUGAAUAAUAUUGAUGAUGCAAUUGCCGCUGCGCGAUAUCUUCAAAAACAAGGCGCAAAGAAUGUAUUAGUCACUCUGGGCUCGGACGGCUCUGUAAUGGUUCCUGUUCAUCACUCGAAGAUCGUGCAUCAGAAAUCUUUUACAGCUCUAAAAGUUGUUGACACUACGGGGGCCGGAGACUGCUAUCGUGGAGCCUUCGCCGUCGCACUCGCUGAAGGUCGAGAUGUGCAAGAGUGUAUGAUCCGUGCCACUGCUGCCAGUGCUUUGUGUGUGCAGCGCUUUGGUGCACUCACUAGUUUGCCAACUGGUGAUGAAAUUGAAGUAUUUCUCAGGGAAAACAGUCAAUAG